AGCAGUCACGAGAAUUUUAAAUAAACUGCAUUUAAACUGCGCAAAUGUUUAGUUCUGCAGCUAAUAUUAUAGUGUUCACUUUAACGGUGUGAUAAGAUAAAACCAUGGAAUUGGUUAUUUUCUCAUACGUAUUGUUUCAUUUUUGUGCAGUAGCGUACGGGCUCAAACAACCUUUUGCUUACAAGUUAUACUCAAAAAAUGAAAUAAACGGAAAUGUCAUUUUCAGUUUUGAUACAAGUUCCGUACAAGCAUGUGUUGCCCUCUGUGAUGACACAUACGGUUGCCUGUCUGUAAAUUUUCAUAAAGAAAAUGAAACAUGCCAGCUUACAGACUACUAUCCCCUUGAUGAGACGAAGUCGGGCAAGCCCGAGGAAGGCUGGAAAAUCUACUUCCGUAGAAACUUUGAUGUGGAUCUUUUAAAAGGAGCUACAGCGUGGCAGUCCUCUACAUACAGCGGGGCCGGCGUUCUACAUACUGCGGACAUGGUCAUUGACGGAAACACGGACAGGGAUAGUGUCGCAUCGGUUAGACUAACCUGUGCAAUCACAGCUUAUCCAUUCUCUUAUUGGGCGGUUGAAUUCGGUACAUCCGGUCCGGUAAAGGAAGUUGAAAUCUACUUGAGGGGUGAUGACUGGCUUCACCGCAAUACAAAUUUCGUAGUUACUGUGUCGAACAGACGUGAUGAUGUCAUCAACGAUGUUGGGAAACUCUGCGGUACAUACUUCGGUCCAGCGAUUGUCAAAGACCCUUUUCGGCUUACAAUUACCUGUGAGAAUACACUCUACGGAAAGUUCUUGAAAAUCAAACACGAGAUGAAUGACCAUAUGACACUGUGUGAAGUGUUUGUUUAUACACCAUAGUGACAAUAAAACGUGUUGUUGCUUUUUUUUGCAGUUGCGUAUGUGUUGAUUCAUUUGAAACUAUGUUUUCGUAUAAUAAAGCCUUUUCAUAUGUUGUCGGAUUAAAGUGGUAAAGUUACGUCUCAAAACAGAAGUUCGAUAUAGUUGUAUAUAUUAUAUAUUAUAUAUAUGUUAGGCGUAAAAAUGUUUGUUUCCGUUAUCCCGACCUACCCAAAAUCUCUGGCCCGACCCUAAAUGUUUUUUGGCCUUUUCGAAAAAUCAUGUUGCAAAACUGCACUUCUUAUGCUUUAAACAUUUUCAGUGAUGUUGGAAAUGCUCUGAAGG